AUGCCUGAAGGAAAUAUUACCAAUGUGAAGAAUUUUUUCAUUCUGUGUUUUCCUGGACUUCUUCCUGAUUAUUAUGGCCUUGUCUCAGCGGGUAUGUUUGUGCAUGUUAUUGGGAAAUUGACUAUUUUUUGCACUGUAUAUAAAAGAAAAAAGUCUUUAAAACCUAUGUAUUUUAUCAUGCUAAAUCUUGCUGCAUCAGAUGUACUGUUUAGUACCACAAUUUUACCCAAGAUGAUUGCUAGAUAUUGGUUUGGAGACAGCUCAAUUUCAUUUGCAGGCUGCUUUAUUCAGAUGAAUUUUGUCCACUAUUUUGGUUCAGUUAAUUCAUUUAUUCUAGCCAUUAUGGCAUUUAAUAGAUAUGUGGCAAUCUGUUAUCCCCUCAGAUAUGCUAAUAUUAUCAAAGAAUCCACUAUAUUGGGUUUAUGUUUAACAUGCUGGCUGAUAGCUGAACCCACAAUCUUUUCUAUAGUUUUCAGGGCAACCACUCUUUCUUAUUGUGCUUCCAACAAAGUCACGCAUUGCUACUGUGACCAUGGGUUUGUCACAAGGCUUUCAUGCACUGACAGAACACCUAAUGUAUUUUCAUACAUUUUUAUUGUGACAGUGUUUCGAACCUCAUCCAGGUGUGGACCCUUAAAAGCUCUCUCCACGUGCAGUUCUCAGCUUUUAAUUAUCACCCUCUAUUUUUUACCAAGGUGUAUAAAUUAUUUAGGGACCUCUGUGGGUAUCAAUGUGGGUAUACACAAUAAGAAAGACAUCGAUGUGCAAAUAUUUCUUAUUCUUUUGUAUAGUAUGUUGCCCCCUAUGAUCAACCCAGUCAUCUACUGUUUAAGGACAAAUGAAGCUAAGGAAUGCAUUAAAAAAACA